AUGAAGCUCUCCACCCUCGGCUCAGUCCUUGUGGGCCUGGCAGCUGCCCAAGCAUCAACUGUCAAGUAUACCGCUGUUACAGGUUAUUUUCUACAAGAUGAAGACUCGACUGAUGCCUCCACUUUCGACUAUACGGCGGAAAAUUUUGGCCUGAUCAACCGCACAUACCCCGCAGACAAGCAUUUUAAGAGCCAUAAGUCUCUGACUCAAUGGGAGCGUUUCUACAACCAGGUCUCUAAGCUUAACGAGGAUACCUCCAAGCACAUUGAGUACAAGGUCUUAUUCCUUGGUCGUCAUGGCGAGGGAUGGCACAAUGCCGCCGAGACCUACUACGGCACGCCAGCCUGGAAUUGCUACUGGGCCGAACUAGACGGCAACAGCACGGCCACCUGGGCUGACGCCUCGCUGACAACGAACGGCGUCUCCCAGGCCUUGAAAGCAAACUCAUUCUGGCAAAAAGAGAUCAACGAGCAACGGAUCCACACGCCAGAUCAUUACUACGUCAGCCCACUGACGCGCACCCUGCAAACCGCCAACCUAACCUUCACAGGCCUGGAUCUCCCCAAAGGCAGCGCAGCCUUUGUACCAACCAUCAAAGAGCUCUUCCGCGAAGGCAUCAGCAUCCACACCUGCGACCACCGUCACAACCGCAGCUACAUCCACGCCAUGUUUCCUUCCUGGCCCAUCGAAGAGGGCUUCAGUGAAGUGGAUGAGCUAUGGAAUGGCGUUACUGCGGAGACGAGCGGGGCGCAGGAUGUUCGCAGUGCUAAAGCUUUGGGGCAGGUUUUCUUUGCUUCUUCAAGUAAGAAGAAGUCAUUUGUAUCGAUUACAUCGCAUUCUGGUGAGAUCUCGUCGAUCCUCAGAGUGUUAGGCCACCGGACUUUCAGUUUGAGUACCGGUGCUGUUAUUCCUGUUUUGGUUAAGGCGGAAAAAACAGAUGAGAAGAAGCCUGCUACUACUUCUGUUGCUUGGACGGUUAGCCCGCACUGUACGGAGCCCCCGGUUUCUUCGAUUUCGGCUUGUGUUUGCCCUUCCAGUGCGGUGCCGGUUACUACGGCUUUAGCUACGGGUUUUUAG